GGGAGGGAGGGCAGGAAGGGGGGAGCAGACAGGCGGUCGGGUGGCGGAGAGCCCCCGGGUAUGGGCGCUGCCUUGAACUCCUUACCCCAGCUGCCUGGCUGCCCCCGGCUUCCCAAAGCUCAAAUAAGCGGGGCCGGCGGCGGGGGUAGGAGGAGGAGCCAGGAGGCUCGGCCGCUCCAUUCACUCAGCAGCCCAAGCUCGGCCCGGCAGCGCGCUGCUCCUUGGGGGCGCCCUCGCAGCGGGGAUGGGGGCGGGUCCGAGGGAGCGUCCCUCUGGGAGACACCCUCCUCUUCAACCAAACACGCGUUCUUAGCUGCCCGGUAUGGCACGACCCUCCCCCCAUCUCCCUUUCAGGGCCUUCGCCAGUGUGGGAGCCUCGUCUCACUGGAGAGUCCCCUCAGCUUGCAUUGCGUAAACGUUGUCGCCAUUAAAUUCUGACUAAGGACCCGAAGUGUGUGCGGGGCCCAGGACUUACCCGACGGGCGCACUUCUUGGGGAUGCGCAUCCCGUAGUCACAGGAGAAGGGUAAAGAAUCCCUGUGGGGGCGGGGAGGGGAAGCGUACUGGCACGAACUCCGGGGCGCCCCUUCGCCUCGACUUCGACUUCUCAGACCGAAGAGGUGGGAGGAGUUCCCUGCAGCCUGCAGGGCCGAGAAGUAAGUGCUAAGCUCUGGAGUAGCAGUCGCUGGACCCCAAGACCCGACAGGAAGUCUCCGUACGACCCUGAAGGACCCACAUUCCCGGAAGCCCAGGAGACCCUAAACCAGCGCUGGGAAAUUGACAAACUCUUGCAGUCUCAGGGCGCUCCAGGCCUCUCUCUUCCCUUCUUUUUUAUGGGUAACGUUCUCUGCGGGAGACCUGAGGUUACCUAAGAGGGAUGCUCCGGCUGCGCUAGCCUUGGCGCUGUGAGCUAAGCAGCAGGACCCACAGCCUGGCCCGCAGGCAGGUCUCACCUUCCACCCGCCGCGGAAGGUAGGCGCUCUCUUACACUUCUUUAGCUCUAGAGGCCCGCCCAAUGUCCCGGGGAAAAGAAGGCUGUGAGACCUGGGUGCUCCCUUCUUUCCCCCACCUUCCUAUCCCUGUCAGCGCCGAGAUCUGUGGCAGAGGUUCCUAUUCUCAAACACCUAUUGGCAAAGAAAGGUGCAGAUUAAACUCCUCUUUUUAUAGAGAAGGAAACUGAGGCCCAGACAGACGAAGGAGAGGCAAGCUGUGGAGCGCAGCGGUAAAGAGCAAGGGACUGGUGGUCCCAGAAUGGAAUCUCUGCUCUGCCAG